AUGGGUGGAAUGACGUCAUCAAUGGCGGCCAAGUUCGCCUUCUUUCCUCCGAAUCCGCCUUCGUACAAGGUGGUCAAGGAUGACUUCACGGGGCUGCUGCUGCUAAGCCCGUUUCCGCACCGGGAGAAUGUGGAAGUGAUGAAGCUGUCGACUAGGAAAGGGACGGAAAUAGUUGCGAUGUAUGUGAGGCACCCCAUGGCCACCUCCACUUUGCUCUAUUCACAUGGAAACGCCGCCGAUCUUGGCCAGAUGUAUGAGCUUUUCAUCGAGCUCAGUAUCCAUUUGCGCGUCAAUCUCCUCGGGUAA